AUGUGUUCUGCUCUCAAUUGGGGCCCGAAACCGUUUAAGGUGAAUAAUUGUUGGCUGGAACAUCCUGGGUGCAAAUCAUUCAUUGCGAAAACAUGGGAGAAGCUGAAUAUCAAGGGAAAGAAGGCUUAUGUUAUAAAGGAGAAGUUUAAGAGGAUAAAGGAGGAGUUGAGAGUGUGGAACCGAGAAGUGUUUGGUAUUCUCAAUCUGAAUAUCGAGAAUACUGUGAAAGAAUUGAAUGAGACAGAGGCGUUAACUGAUUUUGAUGGGAAAUCUCAAAAGAAAUGGGUUCGUGAAGGUGAUUCCAAUUCUCGUUUCUUUCACGCAAGAAUCAAGAGUAGAAGAAGAAGAAAUCAUUUGGAGGUGCUUAGACGAGGUGAGGAGUGGAUUCAAGGGGUAGAAAACAUGAAGAUGGAAGCAAAGAAUUAUUUUGAAAGAAAUUUCAUUGAAGAUUGGCAUAACAGACCAUUUGUUCAUGGCAUUGAUUUCAAUGAGUUAACGGCGGAAGAUAAUGAUUUUUUGCCUAAGCCUUUUGUCGAAGAUGAUGUUAGAGAAGUGGUUUGGAAUUGUGAUGGAAACUAG